UUAGUUAAAAUGCUGAAGAAUAUUACUAUUUUAAGUGCAAUACAUUUUCAUAUUGCAAAUCAUUUUCAAAUUGAUUUUCAAAUAUGUUUUGAAAUAAGGUUGUAACUCAUUCAUUUUUCUAUUUUCCAGGAUUAUAAAAAUACUUAAUGCAGUGUAAAAACUGCAAAUUCAGCAGUUCGAGUGAAGAGGUCCUUCUAAAGCACUAUCGGCUGCAUCACCCAAGCAUUUCCAGCUGGCCUUGUAUUCAUACGGGGUGUGUUUGUGUCUUCAGGACAGCAGGCUUAGAGACCGAGUCCUUGUGACCCUGAGGACAUACCUGCACCAUUAAACUUGCCUGAUGGCUUUACUACUGCGAGUUGUCAUUUCGUCAACUGAUGCCCGGCGACUUCAGCUUUUUGAAGUGCCACAGUCUGUGGAGUCCCUUAUUAGUAUUCUGAAGGAGAAACUGCAGUUACAAGGACAGUUUGUCUUGCAGUUUGAAGACCCUGAUUUUGGGAAUGCCCUUUGCAGCCUGACUGACAUCUCGGAACUGCCCAGUGACAAAGCAGUCUUGCAUAUUCAGUGGUGCAAUUCAUCAUUGUCUGAAACCAGCCUUUCUGUGUCAUCUCUUGAUACUGCUAGUGUUGAUGACUCUGAUGGAUCCUUGACCAGCUCCACAGCCUCUGUACAAAGGUAUUUGCGCACAACCUCAGAAUGGCCACUGCCAUUCCCCAUCCCACCCCUGUCAUUUGAUGUCGAGCUAAAACUACGACGAGGCAAUGAGACAUAUGCAGAAACACAGACAGGCAUUGAUGUGACCAGAGACAUAAAGAUGGAGAUUCUUGAUAAAAUAGUUCAGGCUGUUUUUGACAUAAAGGCAUAUCCCAACAAUCAAGAAAUUGAGUCCAUUGCAUCUGCACUGAUUUCCAAGUAUCCAUGCCUUAAGGAGCCUGGCAAAGGUAAGGGCUAUGAAGGAUGGUUGAUCAGCCUAAAGAACAAGCUAAACAAUUACCGUUCAAAAUUGAGAGCAGCAGGCUGCAAUGAAGUUAGUGUGAACAAGAAGCGUAAGGAUGUUGAACAUGGACAUGGUUUCACCAUGAAAAAAGCAAAGCGUGGAGAAGUGAAUUUUGUCCCAGAACAUCCAUGCAACCACACUGAUGCUUCACUUGAAGAACAAAGACGUUUAUUGAUCGAUGAAACCAAAAAGGCAAGAAGCAGCAUGGUGGUCAUAAGUGAAAAAAUGGAAUUAACUUUUUCCCUGAGGAGAAAAGAAGUGGUAGAAGAUCAACCAAUGGUUGUAGACGUGCAGCAGAGGUGGCCUGCACUUUUUCUCCAGGAGCAGAUUGCUGAGGAAUUCUUCAGAAUCACGAAUAAAGACCUUCUUGAUGUCUUCAGGGCAGCUAUGGAUAGAUUUACACCUAAGCUCUUGAAAUUAUACAGAGCUAGAAAAACUGCAUUUGGAGAGGACAUGGAACAGCUCCUAGAAAGACUUGAUGAAAGGGUGACCGAUGUUGUUAAUCACAGAAGGACUACUGCUUUGAAAGGCCUGCCUUUGUUUCUUCGAGAGGACCCAAACAAGCUGUUCAAGACAUGCAAAGACACCGAAGAUGGGGCAAAAGGAGUGUCUAUUGCCAUUCUGUGUGUUUUGGAAGAUGACACCCAGGCGACAUCACCCGAGGUUGUGAACAUUGCUGUUGUCUUGGAGCAGGUCGUCGUUUUGAAAGAUCUCCCAGAUAUUUCUACUGCUCUUGCAUACCUUUUUGGCCUUCUGUAUGCAUUAAACAUGUCCUAUCCUCAAGCUCUUAAGUACACUUUUGACACCAUUCAGAAUGUUUUCAUGGAGCUGGGAUCUGGAUGCACCAAACGUGUACUUUCUCUGAAGAACAAACUGUUGUAAAGAAAAUAAGAACAGUGUUUUUGGGAUCCUUUUUGGCGUUCAUUUGUUACAAGACCUAAAGUGCGCUUGGAUACAAGGUCUGGGGAUUCUUUUAGUUGGCAUCUCUGUUUCUUGUUACAGAUGUCAAACUGUUCCAAAUGCACCAAACGUGUGCUUUCUCUGAAGAACAAACUGUUGUAAAGAAAAUCAGAACAGUUGUUUUGGGAUCAUUUUUGGCGUUCAUUUGUUACAAGACCUAAAGUGCAGCUUGGAUACAAGGUGAUUAUUUUAGUUGGCAUCUCUUUUUCUUGUCAUCAGAUGUCAGACUGUUCUUAAAGUGUACAGUACGGCAUACCAUACCAGGUUAGUGGUUGCAGUAAGCAUGUCUGUUCUUAUAAAUGGUUGUUUAAAAUUGAGGGAUAGUUCAUCCAAAAAUUAAAAUUGUCACAUUUUGUCACUCUUAUUUUGUUACAAACCUGUAUAAAUGUCUUCGUUCUGAGGAACAUGAAGAAAGAUGCUUUGAGGAAUGUUUGUAACCAAACCGUUCAUGAGCCCCAUUCACUUUUAUAGUAGGAAAAAAGAAUACUAUAGAAUCGAAUGGGGCUCGUGAUCUGUUUGGUUACAAACAUUCCUCAAAAUAUCUUAUGUUCAUCAGAACAAAUACAUUUAUACAGGUUUGUAACAACAUGGGGAGUAAGAAAAUGACACUAUUUUCAUUUUUGGGUGAACUAUCCUUUUAAACAAAACUGUAAAAAUGUGUUUUAAAUGUUGGUUUAAAUGUGGUAAUUUGAAAAGGUUUAGAUUACAGAACAUGUCAAGACAUUAAAAACAUUUUAUUGUUGAUACAAAGAAAAAUCCUAAAUUGAUACCAACAAGUUUUAUGCUGUUUUUGUGUACAUUUAAGUGAUUUAAUGAGAAAUUGUAUUGCACUGAUUUUUGUUGGUGUUAAAAAUUGUCUGUAUGCUUAGUGUAUGCAAAAUUUAAGUUCCUACUGAAGAUGGAAUCUGGACUUUUUCUUUAAAGUGCAGCUGUUGUGUCACAACUUUAAAAAAAAGUUAAAUAUUGUGAACCGAGUUUGUGCUAGUGUAGCAUCUUAUUUCUAAUUGAAAUAAAUGAUAAAGUAAAUGUUU